UACGGCAGAAGUGCAUGGCUACACACACGGCAGACAAUGAAUACAUAUUUUUUUGCUUUUACAACCAUUGUCUAAAUCAACCAGUUGGAAUUUGGAAUUACUCUCAUAGCGUGGAUUCUAGCAUUAACUCAGAUGUGUGUUCGGUCCCCCUUGAGUUAGUGAAUUUCACACAGGGCAAAGAUGACAAAGUUUUAAAAACAACGUUGCGCCCCACAACACCACAACCAUCCGGUGAGUCAGAGAACCGCAUGCACGUAUGUACAUAUGUAUACGCGGUUGAGCUUUGGCGUUUCCCCCUCAUCAGCAGAUUUUUAUACUCAACAAUCACAACAAUCAGCAAACACGAAAAGUGCGUUUUAAUGAAACUAGUGAAUGUCAAGGAAGGAAAUAGUCAAGGAUGGGUGUUGAAUAAAAUAUAUAGUGCAAUACAGUGAAGCAUACGUGAUAUUAAGCAACACACACAGUUCCAGUAAAUAAUUUUGGUAUAAACAUUCAAUAAUUUUUAGUAUGAACCAUAUACUUAAAUUGUGAAACAUUUUAUAAUAUUAUUGUCAAGAAAUGUCAUGACUUGCAGCAAAAAAAGAAAGAAUAAUCGAGAGCAACUUCCAUCAUCUGUGGGAAAAUAUUUCUCAAGUUGUUUUGUACUAAAGUCAAGGUUUCUUGGAAAACUUGCUCGCAUUCAUACAAACGUAUCGUCUAUGCAGCACGUUUGCUGUUUUCUAGCUUUCAACAACUUCAAACGAUUAACUCUGCAAAUGAAUAAAAAAAUAUAAUCACAGUUGAACGGUUCUCGAUAGACUGUUAAAUUUCCCAUUUUAAUGCAUGCAAAUGCAAAAACGUGAAAUAUGUAUAUUUAUGUACAAAUUCUCUAUUGCGACAGUUGUGAUACUUUCAUAACUUUCAGAAGUGUGCGUUAAGUCUUAAUGAUGGACUUAAGUGAGUUAAGCAACAUUGUUGAUGGUCAAUAAUUUGGAAUUAAUAAUAGACACACAACAUAUGUAAUAUUACAUAAUAAAAGUAGGAAACAGGAGGAAAUAGUGAGACAUAAAGAAUUGUGUUAAACAGUGUCGCAUUAAAUGACAUCAAUCAGCAAAGUUUUGCCGGAACCGGACACAAUAAAAGUCACCGAAACACGGAAAACAACAACAUGAUUAUCAACGGGAUGAAUUACUACUCCAAUACUUUACCCACCAUGAGUGGAUCAGUGGACCCAAUCUUCAAACAGAUUCCGAAAGGAUCGACGUGUUUUCUCAUUUGGAGAAUUGAGAAGCUGCAAAUCGUCCCUCUUCCAAGAGACCAGUACGCCAGCUUCUACAAUGGAGACUCGUACAUCAUUUACAGUGCAUCGGAACCAAAUCAGCCCGGUGGCAUGAAUGUCAAGGAAAAGCCGGCUCGAGCCUUGGAACAAAACAUUCACUUUUGGCUUGGAAGUGCCACAAGCACUGAUGAAGCUGGUGUAGCAGCAUACAAAACCGUUGAACUGGAUGAUUUCCUUGGUGGAGCACCAAUUCAACACCGUGAAACUGAAGGAGCGGAAUCACAACGGUUCCGAUCAUAUUUCCCGAACGGGAUACGAAUUCUCCAAGGAGGUGUUGAAAGUGGAUUCCAACAUGUUUCCCAUGUUUUCAUACCCAAGCUGUUUUGCGUCAAAGGAAAACGACGACCGGUGGUGCGACAACUUCCCAAAGUUUCUUGGAGCAACAUGAACUCUGGCGACGCUUUCCUCUUGCAGACAAAGGAAGCAAUUUUCCUAUGGGAAGGGAAGACUGCGAACAAUUUGGAAAAACUUCAAGCUGCCAAAGUGUCCCAGCAAUUAAAAGCGGAAUCUGGUGCCAAAUCAGUUAUCGUGUUUGUGAAGGAUGGGGAGGAAGAACAACUACAGGACAUCGAAAAGAGCUUGUUUGAAAUGUACCUUCCCCUUAAAGACAGAAGUCAAAAGAAAUCGGCAUCCGAUUAUUCCGAUGACGCCGUGGACAGGGAAGUGACGCAUGAAAUCAAGCUGUAUCGGUGCUCCGACGAUGACGGGACGCUUCGUGUCACCGAGGUUAAGGUCGGACCUCUCUUCCAGCAGGAUCUAAAUUCUGGGGACUCUUUUAUCAUCGACAAUGGUACGCGUGGAAUUUGGGUGUGGAUUGGAAAAAAGGCCAGCCCAAAGGAAAGGAUUGAAGCAAUGCGAAAUGCUCAAGGUUUCAUUAAGAAGAAGGGCUAUCCUGAUCACACGCAAGUCACAAGGGUGAUUGAUGGAGGAGAGCCAGAGAGUUUUAAAUCCCUCUUUUCUGCAUGGAAAGUUAAGAAUGAAACGGUAGGAUUUGGGAGACAGCACUCUGGUGGCAAAGGAAUUGCUAAAAUCAGCCAAAGUAGUUUCGACGCUACAACUCUUCAUGAACAACCUGCUCUUGCUGCCAAGAUGAAGAUGAUUGAUGAUGCCUCAGGAUCCAAAGAAGUGUACAAAGUGCACGAAUUUAAAUUAGUAGAAGUCCCUCAGCAGUAUCAGGGUUCAUUCUUUGAACAUGAUUGUUAUGUUAUCAAGUACUCGUCAUCCGGUCCCGGCGAGUAUAUUCUUGUCUAUUUUUGGCUGGGACUUAAAGCCAAAAAUGAGGAUAGAGGUGCCGCCGCGUUACUUGCUAAAGAAUUGGAUGAUGAAGUUGGUGGUCGCGCAGUGCAAAUUCGUAUUGUCCAAGGAAAAGAACCUGCACACUUUAUUGCAUUGUUCAGAGGGGAAUUCACGGUGUACUUGGGAGAUGCCGACGACAGUGGCUACGAGCCUGUGAAGCCAUAUCUUUUGCAAGUUCGAGGAAAUGUUCCAGAAGAAGCGAGAGCCUUCCAAGUGCAGAGACGUGCUGCAUCGCUAAACUCCAAUGACGUGUUUGUGCUUGUUGGCGACUCUGCGAGCUUCCUUUGGUGUGGAAAGGGGUCCACGGGGGAUGAAAGGGAGAUUGCAAAGAAAAUUGCUGCGAGAGACCGUGUGGAUUGUAUCACCGUUUAUGAAGGGCAAGAACGUGAAGAUUUUUGGUCCGAAAUUGGUGGCAAAGAAGACUAUGCAAGUGAUAAGAGGCUGGCAUCAGAGUCAACACAGAAAGACCCACGACUUUUCCAGUGCUCAAAUGCGACUGGAAUCCUUAGAGCGGAAGAAAUUGUUAACUAUAGUCAGGGAGAUUUGGUUGAGGAUGAUGUCAUGCUCCUUGACAUUGGGGACACAAUUUUCUUGUGGUUUGGUAAAGACUCCAAUAAGGAAGAACAACAAGGGGCAGUCCUAAUGUCUACAAAGUACUUGGCUUCUGAUCCUUCAGGAAGAGAUCCUGAUACUCCAAUUCUUGUCAUCAAGCAAGGUAUGGAGCCACCUACGUUCACUGGAUUCUUUGGGGUUUGGGAUCGUUCCUUAUGGAGCAACAAUCAAACUUUUGAGGAACUGAAGGCACAAAUGAUUGGAGAACAGCCAAUUCUAUCAGCCUCUGCCAUAACACUUAUUCAGACGAAUGGAGUAGAUUUCGAGUCAGCAAAAAAGCAUCCAAUUGAUGUCUUAUCCGAAAAAGAUCAGGAUAAACUUCCUGCCGAUGUAAACCCUUCCAUGAAAGAGGUUCACUUAAACGAGGCCGAUUUCCAGUCAAUAUUCAAAAUGGAUUACCAGGCUUUCAGUGAGCUUCCAUUGUGGAAGAAAACUCAACUAAAGAAAAACGCUGGCUUGUUUUAAUUAAUUUAUCAGAAAAUAUUUUGCCCAGCAAUGGAGACAUUAUAAUUGACAAGCAUGAAUUAGUUGAAUUUUGGGGUUAAAUUGAAAAUAAAUUGUAUGAAAACCAACGAGGAU